AUGAGUGUUGAACAUGAAUAGUUUGACCAAGAACAAGAAUAAGAGCGCCAAAAUUUAGAUGAAGGAGUAGUGCUAUUGAGCCAAAAUGAGCUUGAAGGCAUAAAUAUAAGUCAAGAAACUAAUAGAAUAGAAUCAACAUCUAGCAAUUUCGCAAUAGAUGAAGGCUAACUUGGAUUUGUAAUCGACGAGGAUUCAAAUUAAAAUUUAAGUGUCUUACAACUAGAGAUGGAAAAAGAGAGGAAAUAAUAGGAAUCAUAAGCAUAAUAAAAGUAAAGAGCCUAAUUGAGUAAAUUCUAACUAUCGUACUAAAAGAGUACAUUAAUAUACCUAUCAUAAAGAGCUGAGUAGUAUAAGGUAGAUAAAAAUACUAUAAAAAAGCUUAAUCCUCAAAUUACCCCUAGAAAUAGAUAGAUACUAAUUGAAUGGUUAAUGGAAGUUAGUGAUACCUUUCAUUUGAAGCGCUAAACUUAUUAACUGGCAGUUAACUAUAUAGAUCGAUAUUUAUUAGUGCGUAAAGUACUAGAUCUUGAUUAAUACUAGACACUUGGAAUAACUUGCCUUUUGAUGGCUUCGAAACUUGAAGAAAUUUAUUUUCCCAAAUUCAAUCAGUAUGCUGAAAUCACAUAAGGAAAUUGCAACCUAAAGUAGAUGCUACUGCUAGAGACAUCUAUUCUCAUUGAACUUAAAUGGCUUCUCAAUCCUCUUACAUUGAAUAGUUGGGCUAACUUCUAUAUGCUCAAAUGGGAUUAAUAUGUCUAUGAAAAUCCUUUAGCACUUCGAUUGAUCAGCUAUUCAUAACAGGACCCUGAGCUCGAUCCGAUUCCUAUAUUCAAAAGUGAUGAAAAUAGAGAUUAUUCCAGGUUCAGAAGAGUGAUGCAAGCUCUUGAUCUAGCAAUAACCGAUAUUGAUCAUUACGAAUUUAAUUAAGGUCUCUUAGCUCUUUCUGCAAUUAUAAUUGAGCUUAGUUUGUCUUUUCAAGUAUUAGAUCAUCAGUCAUUUGACAUUCACUAUUAAAAUAAGUCUAAUUCCCAUGGAUAGGCGGUUUAAAAUCUUGGGGAUUAUAUCUUUAACAAAAUUUUCGAAUGUGAUGAAUAAUCUGAGCAUUUUCAUAUGUUCAUCAAUUUCAUUGAGUCAUUUUGCGACAUUAGAUUAGCUGAUAUAAAAAAGUCGCUUCGAUAUAUAGCCAUUUUUUUUGCUGUACCGUGUUAGGAACAUCUUCCUGAAAAGCUCCAAGAAAAAUAGGUCCCAACUCAGGAGGAAUUUUAUGCGUUUCAGGUACAUUACAAAAACUAGAGUAAAAUCUAUGAACAAAUAUAGCUGCUAAAGAAAUAUAAUGAUAGCUCGCUAAGGCUAGUAGUAAUUUGA